UAAGGUGAAAUAAAAGAAGCUGAAAGUGAAACCAGGCUUCUUUGGAGCAGGCAACCCGCCUUGUUAGCUCAGAUUGACCAACUAAGCUGCAGAGAAAUGACUUGUGAUCGCAAAAAGGACGAGAUUAUCACAGACAUUACUCUAAUCAUUGAUGGGAAGAUGAUUGGAGACAUAGAUAAAAAGUGGAUUAAUGAUAACUACCAUCCUGAGAAAACUGGUUCCUGUUACAGAGUGUUCAGUAGAGACUUUAAUGAGGUGCAGCAGCUUGUAAAGCGACUGUCAGGACAUCUUUCCAGUCUUGGAACACAAGGACAGACUGCUCCUCCAACUCCCUGUGAUGCAACAUGUUCAGUACCUGUGAACGGAGUUGUGAUGGAAUACAUUAAAAAAAAAUAUGACGAAAAACUAAAGAGAAUUCAAGGCCGUUUUGUCAUUGAGUUCAAAGCAGCAAACGGUGACCCCCAGAGCACAGUACAGGUUAACUUCAGAGCCCCAAGUGAAUCAGCUUGCUCUUCUGACAGGGUGCAUCUGGACUUUGUGAGGCAGAGGUUUAUCACUUUCUACCAGAGAACUGCCUCUGACCUGCAGCUAACAUCUCUUCAUGUGGCUCCACAUCAAGCUGAGGAUCUGCAGAGAAAGUUUCCUCUCCUGUUUUUUAAAUCAGGCUCCAGCAAAGACACAACAGUCUGUGGACCUUUUGCACAUGUGCAAAAACUGAAAGAGUUUCUUUCACAAAAUCCAAAGAGUUCAGACAACAGUCCAGUUAAAAGGGAUUCAGCAAGAAGUCAAAGCUAUAAGUCAUCUGCUCCUUCACCCAAACUAAGCAAACCUCCUGGCAACGAGACAUGUCCAAUCUGUAUGGAGCCAAUCCCACCAGAGAAGAAAAAGGCCCUGCAGUGCAAGCAUUCCUUCUGCAAAGACUGUCUCCAAAGAGCCUUUGACUACAAACCCAUUUGUCCUAUCUGCGGGGAGGUGUACGGGACCUUGAAGGGAACACAGCCUGAUGGAGGGACAAUGAACAUCAGGACAUCCUCUGCCUCCUUACCUGGAUAUGAGAGACAUGGAACAUUAGUCAUCCAUUAUCACGUUCCAAGUGGAAUUCAAAAGGAGGAGCAUCCAAACCCUGGUCAACCAUUCGAAGGUGCAUCCCGAACCGCCUACCUCCCAGACUCCUCUGAAGGAAGGAAGGUCCUGGAGCUGCUCAGGAAAGCCUUUAAUCAGAGGCUCAUCUUCACUAUUGGUCGAUCCAGCACCAGUGGCAGGAACAAUAUGGUGACUUGGAAUGAUAUUCACCACAAGACAUCAACGCAUGGAGGACCAACUUCCUAUGGAUACCCAGAUCCUGAAUACCUCAACCGAGUCCAAGAAGAGCUAAAAGCCAAAGGCAUCAAAUAGGCCUGAAUUUAAGGUCUUGAAAUUGAUUAAAGGAAAGGUAACAUUUUACCAGCAUAGAAAGAGCCAUGUACAAUAAUCUCACUGCUUAACAUAUAAACGUGAUGUAAUUCCAGAAUUGUCCGUAUAUUGACAUUAGUCUUGAAUGUAUUCUUUCAGCUGCAUUUUGUGCUUUUUUGGAGUGAUUUCUGUUGAUCAAGUUAUUAAUAGAAACUAUAUAUCUACACUGUCUUUCCUAAUUAAUUGAAAUGUGUUCAGUUUAAUAUUUCUUAUGAAAUUAUCUUAAAGGACUGGUUUUCAAUCCCAGUCCUCAAGAACCACUACCAUGCAUGUUUCAGGUGUUUCCCUUCUGCCACAUAUCUGACUUGGAUAAGUGGGUGAUUAACAGGCUUCUGGCAUGCAGAAGAGGUCAUGCAGUCAUUUGAAUCAGGUGUUCUGGAACAGAGACACAUCUAAAACAUGCAGGGCAGGUGGACCAGAAGACCAGGAUUGAGAAACACGCCAAUAAAGCAUGGCAACAUCU